AUGACUGAGCGUCCGCCCAAGAAGGCACCGCCAUGUGCAGUGAGCCGUGCCAAGCCCGGUGGCACAGUCCCCGGCGCGCCAAUUAGCUCGGCCAUAGCGCCGAAGGCGGCCCCGCCGAUCCUCACUGGUGCAAGCCAGGGUACAAUCCCUGUGAAGUCUGCGCCUCCGGACAUCGCACCGGCGAAGCCUAAGGCUCCACCGCCUGGGUAUAGUCCAGGGGAGCGUUCCGCAGCGUCGGCGACAGUUAGGCCGAUUGAUACCCGCUAUGGAUCAGGUGAUGAUCCUCAACCUCGGAGCAUAGCACAUCCGAAGCAGACUGAACGUCAUAACGCCGCCACAGCGCGGUUUCAUCACGACAAGCCGACCGACCCACAUGGUCGAGAUCUGGUCCUACUCAAGGUGCACAAUAUACAUGGCCCUUGGCUUGACACUCCGCGUCCGGGCACUGUAUACAACCCAGAUUUGGUGCUACGUCCUGCAUAUGUGGGCUCCACUACGCCGACUAUAAUCGUCGAUGUCUUUACGUGGGGCACCGAGAAGGACGAGUGGACAACCCGAAUCUCCGACAAAUGGACGGGAGAGGACCUAUAUAGGUACCACGAACAAAUGCUCACAUAUAAUGUGACGACCUCCUCAUCGAGGACGAGCUUUAUGGUCAUCUACAUCGAUAUGACGUGGCUCGAGGAUUACGCGUGGGAGGCGAUGAGCCCGUCUGAAAAGCAGGCGGCGGACGAUAAGCGCAGGGAGAAUCGUCUCCACGUGGGCAGCCGCCCAGAUAUAUUACUGGAGUACACCAACCACGAAAAUUUCGUUGAGAAUGCGCGAUACGUCAUCAAUAACAUCAAAGAUGCUAUUGAGGCCGGUAUCCAGCAG